GAGAGCCCUAUAGCCCUUCGCUCCCAUCAGCCUUUCACUUGCACCUUAUUCCUUCACUACAAUCACCUUCAGCCUUUCGCUCUAUACACAAAGCAAAAUGCAGUUCCUCACAUACGGUCUUCUCAUUGCUGGUGCCAGCGCUGCUGCCCUUCAACCUCGCCAGGACUGGAGCGAAUGGGGCUCCUCCUCCUCUACAUGGUCUGCCUCGUGCUCAGCAACCACCACCACUGAAUACGAGACUGCCACCGAAACCGCCUGGUCAACCGGCUGGACAACUGCCUAUGCUACCGUCACCGCCACAGCCACUACCACCGCUACUGCUACCGUGACCACCACCUCCGUCUCAGUCAAGCCAACCACUGUCAUCGAGUCCGUAACGGCCUUCAGCACCAUUUACACCACUCAAUACAGCACCGCGUACAGCACCAUCACCGUGCCCACCACCAUCACCACUACCUCCGUCUCCGUCUCAGUCAAGCCCACCACAAUCUACACGACCGCAUUCGAGACCGUCACCGCCACCGCCUUCUCCACCAUCUACAGCACCUCAUACAGCACGGCCUACUCGACCAUCUACAGCACCGAGAUCGAGUACAAGACCGUCAGCCAGGUAGUCCCGACCACAAUCUACUCCACGGCCUACUCGACCGUCAGCCAGGUAGUCCCGACCACAAUCUACACCACCGCCUACUCGACCGUCACCUCCACCGAGGUCGAGUACUCCACCAUCACUCCUGCCGCGGAGACUCAAUACGUCACCGUCACCACCACAGCUGCUUGCCAGUCCAGCGGCUGGGGCGACUGGAGAAAGCACUAAAUGGACGACAAGAACUCUGCAGCAGUUCCCCCGUCCAGGACGUGUUUACUCCCAACCCCCCAAGCCCUAAGAAGGGAAAGUUAAUGUUUACGAUACGAAGGAUACGCCACAAAACGCACGAUGCAUGAACAAAAACACCAAUGUCUCUCUCACGAAGACAAGACACCACAUUUUCACGUUUUAUCUUAUUAGCAAAGCAACGGAGUUACUACGAAGCAUGGGAAAUGCAUGAGAGCAGGAAAAGGCAACAUUGACAGGACAUGUCGCAUUUCCUUUCGAAGCCAGCGCCACCCUCAGGCAUCGAUGUUCAUAAUGUUUUUCUACCACUCAUGCAAAUGGCUCUACGCACAGCACAGCCUGAACUUCAGCCUAGCUGAAUAGGCUACAUAGCAUAGUUGAAAUUAAUACCAAAGCAUUUGCACAGAAC